AAUAUAAAAAAAAAAUAAAAAAUAAACUGACCUCAUACAUGUCCCCUUCGUUUAAAAUACAUUUCUUUUGUCUUGGCCAUCACUAUUACUAAUAUUGGUGGUUUAAUCACCAAAUGACGAUGAUGGAGUAGAGUAGGGGUAAUGAGGUUGAGGUUGAUGAUGAUCAUAGUUGUUUGUGUUGAAGCAUUGCCCCACCUCUUUUCAUCACCCAAACACUAUUUGUUGCCAUUCCAAUUUGGUAAAUUCUUCUUUUUUUUUUUGUCUUUACUUGUUAAUUGAUUCUCUUCCUCUCUCGUCAAUUAUUUAGAAGAUAAGAGCUUGGAAUUCAAAGGAUAGUUUUUUAGCACCUGCACCUUUGGGGCCAUAUUCUCUAGAUAAGGGCAUUUUUGUCUUAAAAAUGCAUGUGCACAACACAUGACCGAUUCGGUAAAGUCAAAAUGAGACACCGUGGCGCGCCAGAGGAACCACCGCAACCCCAACCUUCAUUUCCUCACCGGAAAAAGAAGCGCAAGCGCAGAGCCACCGCCACCGCCACCGUCGGUUCCACUUCCGUUUCCUUCGAAACCAGCCACACCGAUGCCCCUGACCAGCUCAACACUCACAUUCAUGACGCUGCUGUUGCGUGCGAGCAGAGUAAAGCCACUGCCGCCGGCGACGGCUUUCGUUUCGGUGAGCUAAGGCAGAGAAGCGUGAACGGUCGCGAUAGUUUUGUAGAUUUGGCAGUUACGGCAGUUGGUGACGGUUACGUGACGGAGACGGUGGAAUCGUUGGAGCUAAAGCGUGUUUUGGGAAAUGAUUCGAUUCCAAAGAGGUCGCCUGUGUCAUCCUUUUUGGAGAAAGUGCUCCAUGGAAAUUCUGUCUGCAGCACUACAACUGUUGGGGAUGAAAAGGGACGAGAAAGAGUGUAUGACACUAUCUUCCGCUUGCCAUGGAGAUGUGAACUGGUAUUUGCUUAUAGAUGUUGGUUUCUUUGUCUGCUUCAAUUCAUUUCUGUCAUUAUUAACUAUAAUGCCCCCAAGGAUAGUGAUGACUAUUUGGAGGCUUCUGAAAACAAGGAAGUUCAAGAGGCCAUCUACAAUUGAGUUGUCAGAUUUUGGCUGUUUUCUUAUUAUGAUUUGUGGAGUCGUUGUUUUGCAGCAAAUAGAUAUCAGCUUAAUAUAUCAUAUGAUCCGUGGUCAAGAAACAAUCAAAUUGUAUGUGAUCUACAACAUGUUAGAG